AUGCAGGGACCAUUAGUUGCUGAAGCUUGGAUUACGGAUAUCGCGCUAUUGCAUGAGACCCUUGGCUGUACUGAUGAGCAAAAGGUUAAUUAUACAGGACUAAGGUUAACCGAUGAAGCUGCAAGAUGGUGGAAGUCUAAGAAAGGACUCUUAGGAAUAGAGUUGGGACAUGGGGUUGCUAUCCCAUGGGAUAAGUUUGUAGAAGAAUUCAAUGGGCGUUUCUUUCCAAGGGCACAAAGGCAGAUACGGGCCAUCGAAUUCCAGAAUCUGGUGCAAGGCACAAUGACAGUAGAGCAAUAUUCCUCUAGGUUUAUUGAACUAGCAAGGAACUUUGUCAAACUAGUCGAUAUAGCAUCGAUUGCCGAAAGGGGAAUGCGCGAAUCGUCUGCUGCUUACGAACUGAAAAGGCGAGCAGCGUCGCAGGUGACAUACCCAUCAAGGCGACCUGCCCAAGCGAGGGUGUAUACCUUAACUCCGGUUGAGGUAGACGAAGAAGAAGAACGAGGUGUUAACGAUGUUGUGACAGGAGUUACACAUUCAUUCAUUUCUGAAGCAUACAUUAAAUUACGUCAUGUUAGCACUCGACCUUUAGUACGAAGUCUUACGGUUGAAACCCCUGGAGGAAAGAAAGUCGUAUGCUAUAAAAUGGUAGAGAACUGUCCAAUCAAUAUAAAAGGAAGGAACCUACCCAUUAAUCUAUCAGUGUUUAAAUCUCUAGGAUAUGAUGUAAUCCUAGGCAUGGACUGGUUAUCAAAGUAUUAUGUGAGUAUAAAUUGUAGAGAGAAGGUAGUCGUUUUUCAAUUGCCAGGUGUUGAAAGAUUUAAAUUCAACGGAUCUUCUACGCGAGCUACUCCACCGCUACUUUCCACAAUACAAGCUACAAGGAAUAUACGACAAGGAGUAUCAGCCCUCUUAGCUUAUGUGACAGCAAAACCAAAAGCUGAGCGUACGUUGGAAGAUAUUCCAAUGGCGUGCGAUUACCCAGACAUGUUUGCCGAGGUUGUGACAGGAUUGCCACCUGAUCGUGAGAUUGAGUUUACCAUUGACUUGAUCCCAAGAACUCAACCCAUUCACAAAGCACCUUAUCGUAUGGUGCCCGCCGAGUUGAAAGAGCUAAAGAAACAACUCCAAGAACUUUUGGACAGAGGAUUCAUACGCCCAAGCGUAUCACCGUGGGAAGCACCGGUAUUGUUUGUCAAGAAGAAAGAUGGGACUAUGCGACUAUGCAUAGACUACCGGGAGCUAAACCGCGUUACCAUAAAGAAUAAAUAUCCUUUGCCAAGGAUUGACGACUUGUUCGACCAAUUGAAGGAAGCCAAAGUAUUCUCGAAAAUCGACCUUCGAUCGGGAUACCAUCAACUUAAGGUAAAGGAAGAAGAUGUGCAAAAGAAGGCGAUUCGAACGAGGUAUGGUCAUUACGAAUUCCGAGUCAUGCCUUUUGGGGUAACUAACGCACCGUCAGUAUUUAUGUAUCUAAUGAAUCGUGUUUUCCAUAUGUACCUCAAUUUGUUCGUAGUUGUGUUUGUUGAUGAUAUUUUAAUUUACUCGACUAAUCAUCAAGAGCACGGGGAGCAUCUGAAAACAGUACUAAAUGUUCUAAGGGAAAAGCAGUUAUUUGCUAAACUUAAGAAGUGCGAAUUUUGGAUGGAGAAAGUUUCAUUCUUAGGGCACGUUAUCUCAAAAGAUGGAAUAGCAGUUGAUCCUAGCAAAGUUGAGGCUGUCGUCAACUGGGAGCGGCCAACCAACGUCCAUGAAAUCUGUAGCUUUCUUGGAUUGGCAGGUUACUACCGAAGAUUUGUAGAAGGGAAAGCAAAUGUAGUCGCAGACGCUUUGAGUAGGAAAUCGCUGGGUGUAUCAACGAGCUCAACGCCUACCCCUAAUCAACUCGCCAAGCAAUUGGGAAUGAUCCAGCUGGAUGUGGUGCCAAGCGUGAAGGAUGCCAUCCUAGCAACCUUUUUAUCUGUCCAUCAACUGCUUAUAGGUAUUCCUAAAGGUAUCACCAAUGAAGGGAGUCAUGCGGUUUGGAUCUUAAGAAAUCACCUUGAAGAUUUACUCCGAAACUACCAGAAAUUCGCCACCGGAAUCGCGCCUUUGCUCGCCGGAAAACGGACUCGGGUCGCCGGAAAUCGUGUCCCCCGUUCCACUAGAGUCGACCCACCGGAAAUCACCACUGGGACUGGCCAGAAUCGCACCUCUGGCCCAUCGCCGACGCCCAGUACCACCCAUCGGAGGAUCGGCCUCCGAUCGGCCCUCUACCCCGCCAGUGACAAUCACCGGAAGCCCACCGAGGAUCAACCUCUCCCGGCUUCUUCUCUGGGUUUCACUCUCGGCUCCUCCCUCUAA